AUGACCACAAUGGAUCUUCGUGUCGGUAACAAGUACCGCAUCGGUCGCAAGAUCGGUUCUGGUUCCUUCGGUGAUAUCUACCUCGGCACCAACAUCAUCUCCGGUGAGGAGAUCGCCAUCAAGCUCGAGAGCGUCAAGGCCAAGCACCCCCAACUUGAGUAUGAGGCCAGAGUCUACAAGUCCCUGGCUGGCGGUGUCGGUAUUCCCUUUGUCCGUUGGUUCGGUACAGAGUGCGACUACAACGCCAUGGUCCUCGAUCUCCUCGGGCCCAGUUUGGAAGAUCUCUUCAACUUUUGCAACCGCAAAUUCUCCCUCAAGACCGUGCUGCUUCUCGCCGAUCAGCUGAUCUCCCGCAUCGAGUACAUCCACGCCAAGUCUUUCAUUCACCGUGAUAUCAAGCCCGACAACUUCCUCAUGGGUAUUGGUAAGCGUGGCAACCAGGUCAACGUUAUUGACUUUGGUUUGGCCAAGAAGUACCGUGACCCCAAGACGCACUUCCACAUCCCUUACAGAGAGAACAAGAACCUUACCGGAACCGCCCGCUAUGCCUCCAUCAACACCCACUUGGGUGUCGAGCAAUCUCGCCGUGACGACAUGGAGUCCCUGGGCUACGUCAUGCUCUACUUUUGCCGUGGAUCUCUUCCCUGGCAGGGACUUAAGGCUGCUACCAAGAAGCAGAAAUACGAUCGCAUCAUGGAGAAGAAGAUGACUACCCCGACCGAGGUCCUUUGCCGUGGCUUCCCCAACGAGUUCGCCAUCUACCUCAACUACACCCGAUCCCUCCGAUUCGACGACAAGCCCGAUUACAGCUACCUCCGCAAGAUCUUCCGUGAUCUCUUCGUCCGCGAGGGCUUCCAGUACGAUUACGUCUUCGACUGGACCGUCUACAAGUACCAGAAGAAUGCUCAGGCAAUUGCUCAGGCUGCAGGAGCCACUCAGGAGGAGGAUGAAAAGGCGCGGGCAUCUCGCACGAACGCCGCUACUGCUGGUCAGCCGACCCCUCAGUCUGGCGCUAAUAAGCCUAACGCCCUUCCCAGCUCGCGCCGCAAAGUGAUUGAACGAGGAUCUGGUGCUGGUGUAAACACCCCAGAUACCAACCGUGCCGUCGGUGGAAGUGACAGGAUUGGACGAUGA